AUGAGGUGCGAGUUACCGAUGCUCACCAGAUGCUGCUUCUGCUUCCCGCUGAGGCUGGGAUUGCUCGUUUGGGCGUAUAUAAAGAUGAUAUCCUGCACUAUACUGCUCUCGUUGCUGCUACACGCCAUGAUCGUGGAGUGCGUCGCCCCGUUUUGUCACAUACGAAUGACUUUUUUGUUCACGUUCCAAAUACCAGUUUUGACAAUGCUUUUCACGGACAUAAUAUUUCAUAUAAUAUUUAUAAUAAGUGCUCACAAGAAAGAACACAGGAUAAUGAGGGUCUUCUACAGAUACAGUAUAUUUAGUUUUACAAUAUACAUAUUGCUAUUUAUUAGCUCGGUGACUCAUAUAGCCCUGAACAGCUCCUAUUUUAUGCACGCGUUCCUUUUGGGAUUAUUCCACUUGGCUGUAUUAAUGUUCAUAAUAGUUAUUCAAAUAUACGUGUUAAUUCUGGUGCGGAGUGAAAUUGUGAAGCUGAAGAGGAACACGAAGUUUGAGUUCGUGAACCACGCGGCAGAGGCCGACCAGCCAUCGGCUAAGGUGGAAUACGUGGAUGUUGAAGAUCUACAUUAU